CAGACACGACGUCCAUGACAACGUGACCUCACCCCUUCAGGAUGUUCUCUGAACUAGGAUGACGUCUCCCAGGCAUCACUUCCGGGUGUUUCCAACAGCUCGCCGCCCACCCCGCGCUUUGGCGACGUCGUCGGAUCGUCGCGGCCAGAGGCUGGGAGCGGGAGAGACAGCGGGACGUGUGUGCGGUCGUCACCGGGGUAACGGCACCGCUGGACACCGGCCUCGGCGCCGACCAUGCCGCUGCUUUUCCUUGAGCGCUUCCCUUGGCCCAGCCUGAGGACGUACACAGCCCUCAGCGCCGUGCUGCUGGCCGCCAGCCUGUUCAGCGCCUACUCCCACCUCAGCCUGCCGCCGGGGCAAGCCCCGAUCUCCGUCCACCGUCACCACCCCAACCUCGGCACUCCCGCCCCCAUUGACGCCAUAAGCGGCGAUCAGCCGCCCGCGGCGGGCCGGGGCAGCAGCGGCCAGGAGACCGGAGCAAACGCCGCGCAGCACGGCGCCCCCGGCCCAGGGGGCAACGGCGACCAUGGUGAAGCCGAUCUGGGACCAUCGGGCAGACCGGAGUGGGCUGAAGGCCAGGGAUUCGCCCUGGACAUGGCCUGGUACCUGGUGUCAGACGGCUGGUGUAUUUGGGUGUUGGUGAACACUGCCUGUUGUUUUCUGAUGUUGAUUGGAAAGCUGAUCCAGUAUGUGGUCUUUGGAACUCUGCGGGUCAGUGAAAGACAGCAUCUGAAGGACAAAUUUUGGAAUUUCAUUUUCUACAAGUUUAUCUUCAUUUUUGGUGUGCUGAAUGUUCAAACUGUCGAGGAGGUGGUGAUGUGGUGCCUGUGGUUUGCUGUUCUUGUCUUCCUUCACCUCAUAGUCCAGCUAUGUAAAGACCGCUUUGAAUACUUGUCUUUCUCUCCAACUACUCCAAUGAGUAGCCAUAUCAGAGUCUUGGCACUGCUGGUUUCCAUGUUACUGUCCUGUUGUAGUCUGGCUGUGGUUUGUGUGCUGGUUGGAUAUUCACAUGGAAUGCAUACUCUGUCUUUCAUGGCAGCUGAGUGUUUGGUUGUGAUGGUACGGACAGCACAUGUUAUUCUGAGGUACUUUAUUCAUCUCUGGGACCUGAAUCAUGAGGGCACUUGGGAGAGUAAAGGCACCUAUGUUUAUUACACUGAUUUUGUCAUGGAAUUGAACCUUCUCUCAGUGGAUCUAAUGCAUCACAUUCACAUGCUGUUGUUUGGAAAUAUUUGGCUAUCAAUGGCAAGCCUGGUGAUAUUCAUGCAGCUCCGCUAUCUUUUCCACGAAGUCCAGCGUCGGUUGAAGCGUCACAAGAAUUACUUGCGUGUGGUGGGCAACAUGGAAGCAAGGUUCGCAGCUGCCACUCCUGAGGAACUGGCUUCCAAUGAUGAUGAUUGUGCCAUCUGCUGGGACUCCAUGCAGUCUGCUCGCAAGCUACCCUGUGGACAUCUCUUCCACAAUUCAUGCCUUCGUUCCUGGCUUGAGCAGGACACCUCUUGUCCUACCUGCAGAAUGUCACUCAACAUUAAUGAAGAUAACCGUGUUGGGGAAACUCACCGACGAGACAACUUGGAUGAGAAUAUGGGGCCUGUGCCAGUUGUGGAUGGCAGGCCACAUCUUAAUCAUCACAACCAUUUCUUCCAUUUUGAUGGAUCUCGUAUUGCCAGCUGGCUGCCUAGUUUUUCAGUGGAAGUGAUGCAUACAACAAAUAUCCUUGGCAUUGCACAGGCUAACAAUUCUCAACUCAAUGCUAUGGCUCAUCAGAUCCAAGAGAUGUUUCCCCAAGUUCCAUAUCAUCUCGUUCUCCAGGACCUACAGCUAACACGUUCAAUGGAAAUCACCACUGAUAACAUACUGGAAGGAAGAAUUCAGGUUCCCUUUCCCCAGCAGCGACAAGAUAGUAGACCAGCAUUAAAUGGUACAGUUGCAGAAGAGGACAAUGGUAAUCCAGAUGAUUCAAACAGUGAACAGCAGACUGAGCGUCCAGCCCCUGAGCCUACCCACAGUAUAGAAGAGACAUUUGGAACUGGAAUUGAGCUUCCACGAGUUGAUGUUCCAGCUGAGGACUUUGAGGCACGGGGAAGUCGCUUCUCAAAAUCAACGGACGAGAGACAACAAAUGUUAGUGCAGCGUAAAGAGGAACUACUACUUCAAGCACGGAGGCGGUAUGCAAAUAGAAGCCAGAAUGAAGCAGACAGUUUAUCUAAUGGUGACACGUCGUCUGGAUCAUCAUCGAACAGCAUUUCUCUUUCUUUACGACAACAAGCCUCGGCAGUUGCAGCCGAAAGAAGACGUCUCCAGCAGUGGCAGGACUCUGGUUUUGAUGAUGCAAGACUGAGAACCCGGAAUCUGGACACUUCCUGAAUUGCUUGUUUGGCUCUGCUUUUGCUUGCAGCAGUAAGAGCAGAACGAGCAGCAUCCCAAACCACUCGGCAAAGUCAUGCCAUUGAGCUGGAACGUUGUACUAUCACACAUACUGUUGCUGCACAAAAGGAGCCAGCAUUAACAGUAUUUGGGGUGGGAAGUGGCAUGGAUGAUUUUUUUUAUAUAUACAGCUUUUGUGGAAACAGUAAACGGCUUUAUACCUGCAAAAGAAAAACUUAAUAGCUGCAAGUGUCUGGAAGCUACUUUUAAACUCGAAGGAAAUAUAUGCAGUCUACAGGUUUGCUCUGUUGGACUGUGAAAGGCUGUCUAGUUCCGUGAACUCACUGGGCAGUGCAAGAUAGUUCCUUGGGGCCUAAUCAGCAAAGCUGAUGUGUAGUGAUGUUUGACGGCAAUGUUGAUCAUCUUGUUUUUUCCAUUAUUCAAGAAACAGAACAAUUUUACACAUUUUUCACCAGCCCCUCAUCCCUCCCUUUUCUGCAGAUCAUAUUAUUGCCGUUGCUACUUCAGUGGCUUCCUUGUCCAUAUGGAACAAGAGUUUUAAUACUAUUAGGUUUUAUUUGAAUCUUUAACUGUCCUGUUUCAAAUUGCUCCAUUUAACCUGAACUGUAAUGCUAUCAUUCAUUAAUUCCAAGUAGUCCAUGUUGGGUGUACUAUUUGUAUGAUCUGAUUAGUUUCAGCUUGUGUCAUUGGCAUUGGAUUGGUUUGAUAUUUUACUGCCUGAUGGGUUGCUACUUUUUUUGGAAAUGUAGUGUGGAGAUUUGAAAUGGUGUGAUGGAAAGUUACAAAGUGACAUUCCAUAUUCCCUUAAGAGUUUAAGCCAAAAAUGUUUUAAUAGGCUUGAACAUUUUCAAUCCCACUUUCCAAAACUUGUUACCUGAAACACACGCAACACACCUCCCUCUGUAACCAAAUGUCUUCUCGUAGUUUGUCAUGGAAAUUUAAGAACUGUAUCUAAUAUACAAGUAGCAUGUGAAGGAACUUGAGAGCCUGUAUUCUGCCCUUUCAGGAUAUAUCUGGUGUUCAGAAAAUUUGGCUAUGAUUUUUCUCAGAAAUCUCCUUCAUAUAGCUCUAAAACUUUUUGAGGUGGUUUAGAUAUGUUUAUCCAGCUCUAUGGUGUUUUAUGCAUGAUCUAUAUUGCUGAUCAUGUAACAACUUUGAUGAACAUUAUUUUAAAGUAUUGCAUGUUCACUAUUGCAUUUAGUAUAAUCUCUGGAAUUGGCCACAUGUAAAUUAAAGAUUUAUUUAAUAUUCUGUUCCCCAGUUUUGAACAUGUGCUGAUUUUUCACAACUUUAUGCAAUAUUUCAAGUAAUUGAUACUGACCUAAAUUAUACUGAGUAUUUCAGUGUAGACACGUGGUAAGUAACUAUACUGAAAAACUUGAAAGAAUACUUGUUGGUUCCUGCUUUGACUAAUGUUUGGAUGUUUUACAACAAUCACAGCUGCAGCUACAAAUGAGUUUUGGCACAGCAUUAUUUUUCCAGAAAUCUUUUUGGGAAGAGAAAAUAAAAGCAUAAAUCCCAGUAUUCUGUUUCUGUUCUUUGUAAUUGAAAUAACAUUCUAGAAAAUUAGUUCAACAACCAAUAUUACAUAGAAUUUGAAAUUGAUUCUAUUUUUUCUCCAUGAGCACUCAAAGGAACAGUGUUCUGACUUUUUCAGAUUCUGCACAUGACAAUGGUUAGGCAGGAAUGCAACUGCUCACUGGUGAUAUCUUUUCAUUAGCUUUGUAGAUAAGUUUUGGGAGGGAAUGAGAUCUUCAAAUGUCAGUGCAAUGUGAGCAUGUUGUUACUUUGUUACUUGCUGAAUUCAACUGAUGUAAAUUGUGGUAGGAACACUUUAAUGUGCACUUAUAAAGGAAGAAUCUUUUAGAACCUUAUUGUACCAAACUCUGAGGAAUGAGUGAAUGUGUAGGACUUUGCAAAAUGCCUUGUUGUGAUGCUUUACUUUGAGAGGACUUCAACUUAUAAUUUGUUUUGCAUAUUAAGCACUAUUACCACAUUUUCAUUUUUUACAAUUAUUUAAAUAAAAUGCAGUUUUUGAUUUGCCCAAAA